AUGAAACCUAAAUCAUUUUCAAAAUUUAAUAACAAUAAUAAUAAAAAUAAUAAUAAUCAUAGUUUACAAUUACCAAGAUCACUUACCAAUGAGAUAAAUGCUAAUAACAGUAGUGAAAACGAUUCAUAUGAAGAUCAAAAUCAUUAUAGUAUAAAGAAAGGAAAGAGUAGAAAACAAGAGAGACAAAAAAAGAAAGAUGAAAAGAAAAAGAGAAGACAACAUUAUCAUCAGGUCAGAGAGGAACGUUUGAUGAAUCCCGAGAAACUAAAGAGAAUAAAACAAGAGAAGGAAGAUCGUAUCAAACAGGAGAGAGCUGACAAACAACGCGAGAAGGAGCUGAGAGAGGAGAAGCGUAACAGAAGAGAGGAGAAGAGAAAUCAACAAAAUCAAGCGAGCAUUGCAAAACUAUCGGAUGCAGAGAAGAAGCGUAUCUUUUUGAAAUCGAUCGGUGGUAAAGAGAGUGACUUGCUCACCGGUGAAGACAGAGAGAUUAGCUACUUGGAAUCAAAACUUGGUUUGAAGAAGAAGAAGAAAGAGUUACCUUCGUCAUUCAAAGAGGAUGGUUUGGAUGUCUUAUUCAAACCUGUUAAUAAGAAGAGACAAUCUGAUGAUGAUGAUGACGACGAUAAUGAGAAUGAAGAAGAAGAUGACGAUGCCGUUGAGGAAGAAGAUCAAUACGGUGUUUCAAACUCUGAUAAACUCAUGGAUGAAUUGGAAGAUGCAUUGGAUGGUAUCGGUGCUGAUCCAGGUUCAGAUGAAGAUGAUGAAUUCGAUACAGAUCCAGAGGAUCAAGUUGAAAUGUUAGAUGAUAUAGAGUUAGAUGAAGAUGAGGAAGAGGAAGAAGAAGAUGAAGAAGAAGAAGAUGAAGAUGUAGAUAUGUUGGAUGGGGAUGAAGAUGACCAAGAGUUUGAUCUUGAUGAUGAAGAUGAAGAGGAUGUUGAUGAAGAAGAAGAAGAAGAAGAGGAAGAAGAAGAUAUACAAUUAACAAAAAAGACAAAAGAGAAGAAGGUUGAAACAAAGGAAGAUAUCUAUGGUAGAAUUGUAAAUGCAAAGACAGGAGAGAUCAUUAAAGAUAAUAAGGGUGUUGGUAGUGAAGGUUUAGGAAAGUAUGUACCACCACAUCUUAGAAAUUUGACACAAGAUACCAACAACAACAACAAGUCAUCGACAUCAGCAACAACAUCGACAACACCGACAAUCCAACUUAGUCAAGAUGAUUUGAACCUAAAGAGAAAGUUAAAUGGUCUGUUCAAUAGAUUGGCAACCAACAACUUUCAUUCAAUCUAUCAUGAUAUUGUACAGUUAUUCAAUGAGAAACCAAGAAAUAUUUUAAAGCAUUUAAUUACAGAGUUAUUAUUAAAUAAUUGUAUAUCGAGUGAACAGGUUAUACAUUCAAUUAUUCAUGCCAAUACUGCAUUGAUUGCAGCUAUUCAUUGUGGAAUCGGUACUGAUAUCGGUGGUUAUUUCAUUGAGGAGCUAUAUAAGAAAUAUCAAGAUGCUUAUUCUUCUUCAAAGUCAAUUAAUGUUACUUCAAAUUUAUUAUUAAUUAUUAUUCAUCUUUAUAAUUUCCAAGUAUUGGGUAGUGUCAUCAUUGUUGAUUUAGCAAAGGUUUUUAUAGAAUCGUUCAGUGAAGAUGAUAUUCAAUUAUUAUUAUUAUUAAUACAAAAUGGUGGAUAUCAAUUAAGAGGUGAAGAUCCAACUGCUUUGAAAGAUAUCAUUUUGUUGGUUCAAAAGAGACAAGCUGACGUCAAGAAGGAACAAACCAAUGAAAGUGUUGUUACAAAGCUGAGUUUUAUGAUGGAGACAAUCACCAAUCUAAAGAACAACAAAGUAAAGAAUACAAAGUUGAUAGAGACCGUUGCAACCCUGAAGAAAGCAAUCAGAUCACUUCUAAAGUCAACAGAGACAUCGAUGUCAUCCAACACUUUGCGAAUUUCAUUGAAGGAUCUCUCUUCGAUUGACUCUGCCGGUAGAUGGUGGUUAGUCGGUUCAUCGUGGGCCGGUCGUGUAGAUAAAGACGGAGUCAUUAACUUUGGAAACGGUGGAAAUAGCGGUGGUAGCGGUCAACCAAUGAGUCAAUCGGCGGUGAUUGCUCAAGCCAACGCUGGUUUCACCGACGAGUUGAUGCAGUCUGCCAUUGCCAACAGAAUGAGUACACCGCUCCAAAAGACAUUGUUCUGCACUAUCAUGUCGGCCGACGACUUUAUCGAUGCCUUUGAGAGAAUCAUGCAGUUGCAACUCAAGGACAAACAGGACCGUGAAGUAAUCAACAUCAUCUUGCACUGCUGCUUGAAAGAGAAGAAGUUCAAUCCAUACUAUUUCCACUUGAUUCAAAGACUUACUUCACACGACGAAAACAUUAGAUUCACUCUGCAGUAUGCUCUCUGGGACCGUCUGAAGGACAUUGCCAGCAGCCAAGUAUCAUCGCUCAUGGUGCUUGCCAACUUGAUGUCAAAGUUGAUUGAAACUCAUAUAUUCUCGUUGACAUUGUUGCGUGUGAUCAGCUUGGAGCGUUUGGAUCCCAAAUCGAUUGUAUUCUACCGUUUGUUGUUCACCUACCUCCUGACACUUUCAUCGGAGCGUGAAACCGUCGAGAUCUUUGAACGACUCUCUCUGAUUCAAGACGAGAACCGUAGAUCCAAAAAGAAAGAUGAUCAAGUACAAAACAUAGAGACUCUCAAGAAAGGUAUUGCCGUAUUCUUUUUGCAUGGACUCAUAUCACCAAACACUGAAAACACAGAACAAGUUCAACUUUUAAAACAAAGAGUUAAAAUGGUUAAGCCACUCUUGAAAUCAGAUAUCAACUUAAAUUUCCUAUAA